AGCAGCAGCAUGAAGAUAUUUGUGACCAUUCUUGUGGCCGCCUUGGCCUUGGCCCGUGCCGACAUCAGCCUCACGCAGCAGGGCUACAACUACCGCCAGCAGCAGCAGCAACAGCAGCAGCAGCAACAGCAACAGCCAACUGUUGUCGCGCAUUUGCUCAACCAGCAGCUGCAGCAGCAACAGUCGCAGCAGUCGCACUCAUCGCACCCAGUGCUGCCGCCGCUAGCCGUGCCACUGCCGUAUCUGCCACCUGUGGGCCAGCAGUAUCACUCGCAGCCUCAGCGUCUGGCCGCUCCCUUUCCCAUGCCCGCCAACUUCCCGGUGAACUUCCAGACGGCGCCGCUGCAGCAGACGCGUCGCUCGCGUCCACGCGUUCGCAUUCCCAAGAAGCCAAUCGUCACCAAGAACUUCUUCAUUCACACGGCGCCCGAGGAGUCUGACGACGAGAUUCAGGAUGAGCUGCAGCAGCUGAACCAGCAGCCACGCAACCACUACAACGUGCUCUUCGUGAAGACGCCCGCCCAGACGAAUCGCGCGGCUGCCCUGAAUCUGGCCAAGAGCCUAAAGCAGGAGAAAACGGUGGUCUAUGUCCUGGCCAAGAAGACAACGGCCGCCGAUCUGCAGGACGCCAUUGCCGAGGCGCCACAGCACAUCAACAAGCCUGAGGUGUUCUUCAUCAAGUACCGCACUCCGGAGGAGGCGCUCAAUGCCCAGCGCCAGAUCCAGACCCAAUACGAUGCUCUGGGCGGCAGCUCCACCAUCACCGACGAGGGCUUGGCGCCAAUCACCUCUGUCGUUGGCUCCCUGGACCCACCCGAAGAGGAGGAGGAGGAGCAGCAGCAGCAGCAGCAGCAACAGCAAUCCAACGACAUCAGUGGCAGCGCCAACCUGAGUGGCCCCAUCAAUGGCAACCACAUUGGCAACGGGCCAAUCAACAAUCACUAUCUGCCCUCGAAUCAGUACUAAAGUAUCUACAUUGCUCACCCCUAGCGAAUCUUAGUUAGUUCGUCCACAUCCCCGUUGAACUCUCGCAUUUUAUUGUUGUCUAAGUUUAUAAGUGAAUUUAUAGUUGUUUAAGCACAUCCUGUAACC